AUGUCAUCUAUAGUUAUUAUUAAUGAAGAAGAUAUUAUUUAUGAAGAAGACUUAAAUAUGAAGCAGUAUCUUAUGGGUGAACCUUCUGGACAAAAUUUGACAAUCUGUAAUUAUCUUGGUAAUAUUACCGUAAAUAAAAAAGAUAGAACAUAUCAUAGACUUAAAAUAUGUGAAUUUGCAAGUCCAAAACUUCAGGAAAUAGAAUACAAGUCUGUAGAUCUUGAUUCUGAUUUACGUCUAAAAGUGAAUGAGAAAUUAUCAAGUAAUAAUAUAGAAAAUAAUACUUUUGCAUAA